CAUUGCCAGAAGAAAUUGGAAACCUUAAUCUUGAGAUAUUGAGUAUCCCUUCGGCAGGGUUAACAGGCUUAAUUCCCUCCCAAAUAUUUAACAAAUCAACAAGAAGAUUCAUUAGCCUGAGUCCAAAUCAACUCUCUGGCCAUCUUCCAUCAAGCUUUGGCCUCUGGCUUCCCAAUCUGAAAAUAGACUUAUCGUGGAAUCAGUUAUCAGGCGAAAUCCCUAGCACCAUUGGAGGAGCCCAAACAUUAGUUACUCUCUCCUUGGCAUAUAACAAACUACAAGGACCUAUUCCUCAAUCAUUGGGCAACUUGAUAAACUUGGAAUUCUUGGAUCUAUCCAAUAACAAUUUGUCCAGAGGCAUUCCUCAAUCACUAGAGGCACUCAGGAAUCUUCAACAUUUGAAUCUCUCUUUCAAUAACUUGCAAGGUGAAAUUCCUGCGGGAGGGCAUUUCGCAAACUUCACUGCUGUAUCAUUUAUGCAAAACUCCGGGUUGUGUGGUGCGCCUCGAUUGCAACUCCCACCAUGCAAAACUAAAAAUCAAGAAAAAGUUUGGAUUUACUGACAUAUAUCUUACCAUCAAUUGCAUUUGCAAUAAGUGUGGCGGCCUUUGUGUGGAUGAGAUAUCGAAAAGUCAAUAUGGUGCUACCAAUUCGAGUAGAUUCAAUGACUCAUUCGUGGAGAGGGUUUUCAUAUCAAGAACUCGUACAAGCAACAAACCUGUUUAGUGAAAGCAACAUACUCGGUACAGGAAGUUUUGGUUCUGUAGUAACACUGUUUUUACAAGAAAACUAUGACCUUAUGGAAAUUCCUUCCUCAUUCUUUGAGUGUAUGCCCAUGCUUCAAGUUCUAGAUUUGUCCCACACGAGCAUAAAUUCUUUGCCAGCAUCUAUUUCCAGAUUAGUUUCCCUCCAAGAAUUAUUUUUAAGAGGUUGUGAACUUUUAACCGAACUGCCACCUGAAAUUGGAGCACUUUCGAAACUCCAGGUGCUUGAUCUUGAAGGAACUGAGCUUAUGUAUCUGCCCAAGGAAAUUUCAAGACUAUCAAAGUUGGAAUGCUUGAAAGUAUCCCUUUAUGGAUAUGGAAAAAGCUACAGAGAAGUUAAGCAGAUAUGCAAAAGGUUUCCAGCAGGGUUAUUAGCAAGCCUCUGUAUGUUGAAAGCACUGAGCAUUGAUGUAAAUCCAGAUGAUGAUGAGUGGGUAGCUGAUGUAAAAGAUGUCACAUAUGAGCUGCUUAAAGUAAAAGAGUUGAUGACUCUAAAAUUGUAUUUGCCAGAAGUUGGACAACUAAAAGGAAUUACAUCUGUGCGAAAUUUCAAAUUUAUUGUUGGUCAUCAUAAGCAGUGCAUCAUAUCUCGCCUACCAUAUGGAGUUGAGGAAGAGUUCGAGAAACAGGAAAAUUACCUAAAAUAUAUAAAUGGCAAGUACAUACCGAUUGAAAUCCAGAACGCACUCAAAUAUACUUGUGCUUUUUUCUUAGAACGACAUUGGACUGUCAAGAAGCUAUCUGAAUUUGGAAAUGAAAAUAUGGUUGAGCUGAAAUUUUGCUUGUUGGUUGAAUGCAAUGAGCUUCAAACAAUUAUAGAUGGCAGAGAAUUCUGUACAGACGGAGAUCAGACGUAUGAAUCAGGCGUUGAUAAAAAACUGGUAUUCAACUCACUAGAAUACUUGGGUAUUCAUUGCAUGAUGAAUUUGAGAAGCAUCUGGGAAGGUCCAAUUGGUAAGGGUUGUCUAUCCAAACUAAAGUACAUGGCCUUGCAUAGUUGCCCCAAUUUGACUAGCAUUUUUACAAGAAGCUUGCUUGGUAAUCUCAAUAACUUGGACGAGCUUAUAAUUGAAGAUUGCCCCCAAAUCAACAGUCUAGUAAGUCAAGAAUCUUCGUGCUCUGAACCAAAUCCAUUUCUCCCAAACUUGAAGAAGAUAUCACUUCUUGACCUACCUGAAUUAGCAAGCAUUUCCAGUGGCCUUCUGUUUGCACCGAAAUUAGAAAGGAUUAUCAUCUAUGCUUGCCCAAUGCUUGAAAGUCUUUCUCCAAUGGAAUUGUCCAGUAAUGAUCUAAAAGUGAUCAAAGGGGAGAUUGAAUGGUGGAAUUCAUUAAAGUGGCUUGAAUCUGAUUGGAGCAGCGGACAGAAAGAUUAUAUGGCUAAUGUCUUUGUUGAACUACGAAGGGAUGCAAGUUUGAUAGAUCAAUUAGCAGAAAGAGGAAAUUCAAUGUAAGGAAAGAUUUGAAGCUGUCAUAAUGGCCAGUUGAAAGACACUCAUGGAAGAAGAUCAAAACGGUCUUAUGAAGCCAAGCACCAAGAGUGAGCUACAGUUGGCAAUAAAUUACAGAAAAAUCUUCACACAGAGAUGCCAAGAUUAAGCUUUAGUCACUUCCCGGCUAAUUUCUACGAAGCACUUACUGCUUGUCUGAAUGUUCUUGAAUACCUUCAGCUUUCUUGUUUUCCGUUACCACAAAAAAACAAAAAACAAAAAACGGGAAAAAAAAACAAACAAACAAACAAACAAAAAAACAGAAAACAAAAACAAAAGAAAUUCUUAUGCGAUGUUUGUCUAAAUGUCUUGGAUUUUUGGGAAGUAAUUAAACCCUUAUCUGCUCUACUAAAACUGAACUCUGAUAUUAUUUAUGCUUUGAUAUGGCCAUAUGUUUAAUUGUUGUAUAUU